AUGGCGUCUAUAACAGAAUCGCCCACUAACAUGCUGCCCUCUCAGACUUUCCCUGAUUACACAGAUCCAUAUCAGGAAUCCAACAUGACUGCCAUCUCCGCCAACCCCGUGGCUAACGUCAAGGCCGUUGAGGCCAGCCGUGGUCCUUCUCCCCAGCCUACUCACUUCUCCGUCCCUCUGCAAAAUGGCAAUGGCGGCAAUGGCCACCGCAUUCUGCGAUCUGCCACCGUUGGCUACAUUGCCCCCGAGUUCACUGGCAAGCCUGAGCAGAAGAAGACUGUGAAGUCUAUCAUCUCAGCUGCUGGUUUCGUCCCUGAGCCCCAAAUUGAUGAGCAGAUCGAGUGGUUCUACGAGAAGCUUGGCAUCGAUGAUGUCUACUUCGAGCUUGAGACCCCCGAUGUCAUCUCCAGCCACAUCACUUCUCUGUAUGCCGCUAAGGUCGCUUCCUUCGCUCGCGAGGAUAAGCAGGAGGAGAUUCGACUGGACAUGGAGGCCAACGACCAUGCCAUCUACAUUGACACCAGCGUUGCUGGCAAGACCAACACUGCUGGUCCCCGCUAUGAGGAACGCCUUGAGGCCAAGUACAUUGAUCACCCCGGCUCCAGCAAGUACCGCGUUGAGACUUUCCGAUCUCCCGCUGUUGUGAGCCCCAGCUCCAAGGCCACUCUCCGAUGUUACUUCGUCUACCAGUGCCAGUUUGCUACUCCUCCUGAGCACACCGACCCCAAGGAGACCAACCUCGAGCUCAUUGCCGACAACGGUUUCCUCCGCAAGGCCACUGACAACACCAAGCAAAUCUACCAGGACAUCAUUGAGCUCGCCGUUAACCGAGCUGGUCCUGUCAUUGAGGUCUUCGAUAUUGAGAACACCGACGAGAAGCGAAUGGUCGUUGCCUUCCGCGCUCGCACUGCCCAGGGUCUUUUCUCUGCCCUCAGUGACCUUUACCACUACUAUGGCGUCACCUCAUCUCGAAAGUACCUCGAGCAGUUCUCCAACGGUAUUACCGUCAUGAGUGUCUAUCUCCGACCUGCUUCUGACGCCGUCGAGAGCAGUGGACAGUUCCCAUCUCUUGAGGAGUCCAUUGACCAGAUCUCCAAGGAGGUUUCUCUCCUCUACUGUCUUCCCCACAACAAGUUCCACAACCUUUUCCUUGAUGGACAGCUCAGUCUUCAGGAAUCCGUCUACGCCCACUCCGCUUGGGUCUUCGUUCAGCACUUCCUGAACCGACUGGGACCAGAGUACUCUACUCUUGCCGAGCUUCUGGAUGUUAAGAACAACGCUCAGCAGGCUCUCCUUUCUAACCUGAAGCGCCGUCUCCGUUCCGAGACCUUUACCCCUGAGUAUAUCUAUGAGAUUAUUCAGAACUACCCCGGUCUCGUUCGUGCUCUUUAUGCUUCUUUCGCCAACAUCCACCUUGUUAAGGACCAGGAGGACCCCGUGAAGGUCGUCUCCUCCAGCCUGUCCGUCGAGGUUCUUUCCGACGACGCUCUCAAGGACAAGAUCGCCAAGAACGUCAACAACGAGCACGAUGAGAUGGUUCUCACUGCUUUCCGUGUCUUCAACAACGCCAUUCUCAAGACCAACUACUUCACCCCUACCAAGGUCGCCCUGAGCUUCCGUCUUGACCCCUCCUUCCUCCCAGAGGUCGAGUACCCCAAGCCCCUCUACGGCAUGUUCCUCGUCAUCAGCUCUGAGUCUCGAGGUUUCCACCUCCGAUUCAAGGAUAUCUCUCGUGGUGGUAUCCGAAUCGUCAAGUCUCGCAACAAGGAGGCUUAUGGCAUCAACGCCCGCAGCAUCUUCGAUGAGAACUACGGUCUUGCCAGCACACAGCAGCGCAAGAACAAGGACAUUCCCGAGGGUGGCUCCAAGGGUGUCAUUCUUUUGGACCCUAAGCAGCAGAACCGUGCCCGUGAGGCUUUCGAGAAGUACAUUGAUAGUAUCCUUGAUCUUCUUCUGCCCGCCGAGACCCCUGGUAUCAAGAACCCUAUUGUCGACCUCUACGGCAAGGAGGAGAUCAUCUUCAUGGGCCCUGACGAGAACACUGCUGAGCUGGUCGACUGGGCUACUGAGCACGCUCGAUCCCGUGGCGCCCCCUGGUGGAAGUCCUUCUUCACUGGCAAGUCUCCCAAGCUUGGCGGUAUUCCUCACGACACAUACGGCAUGACCACCCUGUCCGUUCGUGAGUACGUCAAGGGUAUCUACCGAAAGCUCGAGCUUGACCCCUCUGCCAUCCGCAAGAUGCAGACUGGUGGCCCCGAUGGUGAUCUGGGCAGCAACGAGAUCAAGCUUGGUAACGAGAAGUACACUGCCAUUGUCGAUGGCUCUGGAGUUCUUGCUGACCCCAACGGCCUCGACCGUGACGAGCUUCUGCGCCUUGCCAACGGCCGUAAGAUGAUCAUCGAGUACGAUGUUUCUAAGCUGUCUCCCGAGGGUUACCGAGUCCUGUGCGACGACGUCAACAUCACUCUCCCCAAUGGUGAGGUUAUCAACAACGGUACAUCGUUCCGUAACACCUUCCAUCUCCGUGACACUGGCAGUGUCGACUGCUUCGUCCCUUGUGGUGGUCGUCCCGCCUCCAUUGACCUCAUCUCGGUCAACCGUCUCAUCAAGGAUGGAAAGUGCAUCAUCCCUUACCUCGUUGAGGGAGCCAACCUCUUCAUUACCCAGGAGGCUAAGCUUCGCCUUGAGGCUGCUGGCUGCAUUCUGUACAAGGAUGCCUCUGCCAACAAGGGUGGUGUGACAUCGUCCUCCCUUGAGGUUCUUGCUUCUCUGUCCUUCGACGACGAGGGCUUCGUCGAGAACAUGUGCCACAAUGCCCAGGGCGAGGCUCCUCAGUUCUACCAGGACUACGUCAAGCAGGUUCAGCUCAAGAUUCAGGAGAACGCCCGUCUCGAGUUUGAGGCUAUCUGGCGCGAGCACGAGCAGACCGGAACUCCCCGAUCUAUCCUCUCCGACAAGCUCUCUGUUGCCAUUACCGAUCUCGAUGAGAAGCUCCAGCACUCCGACCUCUGGGACAACGAGAAGAUCCGCCGAUCUGUCCUUCAAGAUGCUCUGCCCCGUCUUCUCCUCGAGAAGAUUGGUCUCGACACCUUGAUUGCUCGCAUCCCCGACUCCUACCUCCGAAGCAUCUUCGGCUCUUAUCUUGCCAGUCGAUUUGUGUACGAGUUCGGCAGCAGCCCCAGCCAGUUUGCCUUCUACGACUUUAUGUCUAAGCGUAUGGCUCAGAUCGCCAACUAA